UUAAGUUAAUUUCAAACGACAAUAGACACUAAUAAAAUUCCCAAGGCGGAACGCAAAAGCCAAACUGCAACUCCCACCCUUCUCAGUUUGGUCUCUUCAUUUAGCAAUCUCAGUUGGGCAACAUGGCAUCUUCAGCGCCGCCGGGCUCAGCCACGGCCACCCGAAGCUCUAGAAAGCCUUUAGGGCUUAUAGCGAACGCAAUGAAGCGCAAAGAUAGUUUUAUUCAGUUAUUCGCGAUGACAGGGAUACUGCUUUUGAGUGUCAGAUCCUUAGGUCAAAAGUACCGUAUCCAUGGCCUUGAGGAAGAUACCUCAGCUCUUAAGCAAGAACAGCAAACCCUGACUGAUAGAUUGAACAACAUCAAGCGUGGCCUACUCCACGAAGCCUCUCUGGAACCCACUGGCCUCUUCGCUGCUCGCCUUCGCCUUCUUUUCGGUGACGAUAAGUAAAAUGAAAAUUGUUAUCAAUUGUCCAUGUGAGUUUUCUUGUUUCCUCUUUGAUGAGGCGAAUUAGUUUAUUUUGAAUAAUUCACAUUUAUAUAAUGUUCAAUAUCUGCUCAAAAUACUGACUUUCUGCUUAUUUUAGGUUACUUUGAUACUAGAUGGAUUGAAUGAUAAUGAACUGUAUUAAAUGAAUAAAUUGCUUCAGUAAUUCAUAGAUUGUUUGACUGUUAUAAUCGGUGUGUAAGUUAGAGCUUGUCAGUGUUUGUUAUCUGAUAUUAGGUCUACGGUUUUGGUUAUUGAUAUGGGUGAAAUCACUAUCAAUGAUUGCUUGUGUAUCUAAGUAAAAAAUCAUCGCUAUAAAAGUCAAUCCUAUUAAACUGCAUUGGUGUAAAAUGAUAACUGGAGAACUAGCAGUUCAAAAGCAAGAAACAACCAAAUCAGCUGCCCGAGGAUGGAUAAAAUGAUAUCAACUUUAAUACUCAAUUUUGACAUAAUCGUCUAUCACUUACAGUUACAGUAGUGAGUUGUCUUGUUAUCACUGGUGGAUUAGGGUUUAGGGUUUUGUUGUCUGUUUGUGAGGCAUGAUUUAGGAUUUUCAAUUUUUGCUAUGUGCUAAUGAUUGUUUAUAAGGUUUAGGUUUGGGAUAUCAGAGGUUUGUCUUGAGGAAUGCAAUGUUUAGCAGAAUAACUCUAGCAUAUUGAUUAUGACAUCAAACGGAAUUAAGGAGAUAGUCAAUAUUGAGAUGCAUCUUUUGACUCUGGUAAAUCUUCUAAUUUUCCAUUGUACAGGCUCCUUCCUAUCUCAGCAGUAUCUUUUGAAUUGAGGAAAGGAUGAUUUGAUGGUUAUAUUGGCUUUAGGUCUUGCUGACGUGAACUCUUAGCACCUUAUUGUAUUUUAGACAAUAGCAUGCGAUUUCAUGUUGACCGGUGACUUGCACAGCACGAGCAGCACCAUUACAGAGACUGGGAAAUGUAGGAGAAGUAGCUGAGACGAGUCGCAUCUUCCAUUAGCUCUAUUUUUCUUCUUCUUAUUCUUUUGUUAUGUUCAAAUAAUUGUCAGGCAAAGGAGAUCUCUUAUGUUUCAGGGUUUUGUUUUGAAGAGAAUGUGAGCAGAUGAAUAAUUGGUAUUUUGGCUUCAGAUAAUAGUGAUUGCGUUUGCAUUGUGAUACUCUUGGACAUUUGACUUUUCAAUCUACCCUGAAGUAUGUCGGAUAAGGAUUUUCAUGUAAUAAUGGCUUGACAAUGCUAAUUGCAUUUGUGGAUGUCUCAGAACUGAUUAUACAUAGUGUUAUAGACUUGGCUAAAAACUUUGUAAAUUAUCGGUUUGGUUAGAGCAUAAUGACAUCCCCAGUUCCAACUUGCAA